AUGGCGUUUUUGCUGGGGGUGCUUGGUGCGGUGAAAGAUGAUGAAAACGUCAAGCAUUAUUAUCCUGUAGAGAAAAUGACUGAAACACUCCAAAAAAUUAAAAACAGUAUGCACAAUCCUGGCGGAUUGUCUAAGGCCGUUAUGGCUGUGAGCACGGCGCUGGGGGAGUGGGAUGGAGAUUUGCAAAAGAAAAUAGAUAAAGUUGUGAAAGAAGAAGGUGAAGGCACGUUAAAAGCAUUAAAACGAAAAAUUGGUGAAAAUAUUGCGGCAGUUGAUAAGUUAAAGUCCCAGUCCCUAGACAGUGUAGUCUCCACCUUGGCCACGACGGUGUUUGAUGGGUUGGACGAUAAUGUUAAUGCAGUGAAAGAGGCCAUAAAAAAGCUUGAUGGGCCUCUGCAAAUGAAGGUUAUGAGUGACUUCGAGAAAAUUAAAAUGGAAAUAAAUCACGUCACGAAGAACGCAAAGGAAGACAAGUGGCGUAUGGAGAAGCUGUGCGAGAAUGUUAAUAAGGUGCUUGACAAACUGCGUCACGCUGUUCACAUGACAACUGAUAAUGAGAUAAGGCGUAUCAGUACAACAUUGGCUGACAAUAUGGAAAAUAUACAAGGACACAUCGGUAUCGUGGACGAAAUGUUGAAAAAAUACGUCGAACACCUGACGGUGUGGAUCAAGAAUGCGGAUCAGACUAUGAUCGAUGCGUUAGAGAGGGUUGAAAUAAUAUUACAGCAGGUGAAAGACACAGAAAAUGCACGAACCAAGAAGGAUAUACAAGAGGCGAUUAGGCAGUUGACGCUGAAGGCUCAAUCACUCUACCAUGCUGGUAGAGCUGCUGAUCGACUUGUUAAAGAACUGGUGCCUAAAGCUAACAUAAUGAUCACAGGUCUCGAAAAAGUUUACGUGAAUAAAUUAUGGAAGCUGAAAGAGGACGUGAAUUUCGCAGUCCAGGAUGUGAGAAAGAAAAUUGGAAUGCUUGGCCAUCAGUUAGGUGUGAAAACGGAAAGUGAUAAUAUCAAAGGGAUUAUGAAGCAUAUUGAAGAGGAGGUGAAGUUCAUUAAAGGAAAAAUUGGAGAACCAAUGAAAGUCCCAGAACUAGAUGAUGCAGAUGAUAGUAUAUAUAAGAAUUGGCAGAAGAUUAAACAUGAGGUUAAGCAGGUUGUUGACAGCAUGACUGGUGUGGAAGAUGGUGAAAUAACUGGAGCACUUAAAUUGAUUGCAAAAGGUGUCACAGAUUACGCCAAUGGUUUUGGAGAAGAAGGAUUCAGCAGUAACGUAUUGACUGAGUGGAUUGGAGAUAUAUUAAAAGAUAAAGAUGAGAGCAUUGUGACUUACAAGAUAAACCAGUAUGUGAGACUUCACAAAAACGUUAGCCAGAUGACAGACAAGGAUGAUGAGGCGGUGAAGGAUGCAAUAAAGAAACACCUCCCAUCGCAUAUUUACACAGAAAUACAGGAAGCUGCCGUAACGCAUCUUAAUAGAUCAACGGUGGGUAAUAUUGCCGAUCGAUUUCAGGAAUUUGCCGACCAUGUUGAACUUCAACUUAAGAACCAUCUAAAUUUUUCACUUGGAAGGGCAGCUCAACAAAUAGAAGAGCAGUUGGGUUUGACAAAAGCGAAGCAUAAAUAUAGACACAAUAUCGAGAUUAUUAUUAGAGCUAUCGUGAAGUCCUUAUUGAACAACUUCAAGCAGGUUGCAUUAGAGCUUAAGCGGUUUGCUAAAACGUCACUAAUUAAUCGAAUAGAAAGUGCAAUACCAGAUGUUGAAGAUCUUGGCAAACAACUUAUAUCAGGCAAUCCCGGCGAAAAAGUUGAUAAGGCAUUGGAAGCCGUUAAGCCUAAGAUUGAGACACUGCAACACCAACUUGAGAAAGCAACACAGCCUAAUUCCCUCGGCGAUGAUAGCGACAAUGCUGCAGCCGCGAUAGAUGUAGCGAUUCACAAUGUUACGAAACAUCCAUUUGAAGGUAUAGUGGCGAGUGGAGACGGUAGACUAUUAAAUGACAUCAAUGGACGCCUCGACGCGUACAUCGCCCUCAAUGAUACCAUGGGAGUAUUGAGAACGCAAACGAUUACCGCAUUAUCGCAAAUUGAUAAUGCACAUAAUGACGUUCUAAAACUCUUUAAAGAUGUUACAUCUAAUAUUGCAAAAUUGUGCGCCACCAUUGAGAAAGCAUCCGAUGAACAACCAGGCGGACUGAAGAAAAUGUUAGGUGAUUUCAGAAAGGAGCGCAUCGCCAUGGUUAAUAACAGAUCAGGUCUUCAAAAGAUAAAAACCGAUCUCGACACCCUCCAAAAAGAUCAACUCAGAAAAUUAGAUACAGCCGUCACAAAUGUACUUCAUUCCACUCUCCCUGAAGCCGUCGAAAAUUGCAGAGAAGCCAUACAAGAAAAUAUCAGAGAAGAAGUUGAGAAGGCCAAGAGAGACAUAAAACAAGACGCACUUAAGCGCUAUGUCAAGUCAAAAAUCAAUGAUCUUAAAGCACUAGGAACGUUUGUGGAGCAGCGGCGUGCAUUAAUGGCGAAAACCAUAGACAACGAUUUGAAAAGUGGUAUCAAAGGUUUUUUUAAGAAUCUCAACGCGGACAUUGGCGAGUUCAAUAACUUGAAUGCGGAUUCCGAGUUGCCGGACGGAGCGUCAUACGCGAAAACAUUCUUUCAACUGUUGUCAUCAAACAUCUCAAGCCAACCGGAUAUGAUGUCUUUCACAACUAUAGUUGAUGCGAUACAUUCCCCGGUGGAUCAGUUGCUCUCCGGUCUCGAAUCUUCGGAGCACUUCGACAGCACAUUCACAAACAACCUUGACACGCUUGAAAAUGCCAUACAGUCUCUGGUGCCCACUGGCUUCUCCGGGCCACUUAGUCCGCUAAUUGAUGUUCUGAAGGAAGGCAUCACGGCAUUCGUCAAGCAGCUGAACAUGGCUUACGUCAGCAGGUAUUCGGGGACAAGUAUUCAGUGGAAUGAAACUGAAAAUUACAAAAGAUUAACCGCCGACGCAACCAACUGCGCCAAAGCCUUCCUCACCUUGAUACCAGUAAUGUGUCACGACGUGUCUGACUUGCGAUCCAAAUGCGUUGUGUCUUGGAGUGAAUUGAAAACUAAUUUGCGUGGUAAAAACAAUCCUCUCGGAGCGUGCUUGCAAGACGCGGGGUAUAAAGUCUCCGAAUCGGAAGCUGUACACAACGGGGUGUUGCGUAAUACGAUUAGCGGCCAGACCGUUAACGAAAAACUGAAACGGAAGACUACUGACGCAGAGAAAUUGGAGCAGUUAAAAGCAUGGAAAACAUCUAACAACAGACACGGUGACGGAGUAACGCUGCUCGACUUAUUCGAUUACCUACACGAUUGCCUUAGAUGGUACUACGAAGUAUGUCACCUGGGCACUCUCAGUUCCAAGAAACAUCCACGCAGUAUAUACGACAUGCUUCAAUGGCUCUCCGGUCUGUCGUACGAUCCAGUGCACCAGGAACUGGCGCUCAAUGGGUUCAGUGACCUGUUUGAAAAGCCAGAGAAAGACGAGUCGGAUGCUGAGUUGUCUCUAUCGGAUAAGGACCCGGACACGUUGGAGGCCUACCCAGAAAAUGUCACGGCUACAAAGCUGUCGAAUAGCCUUCGCGAUGUUUGCGCGUAUUCGGAGACUGUACUUGUCGCCAUCCAGGGUUAUGGACACGCAGGCGGGCGGUAUGCUUGCGAUUUUAACAGCAACGCGGACAGUUUCGUAUAUCCCGCGGACCCUGCGAAAUGUUUGGAAAUUCUUGCGGAUGUGUUGACUCGGGUGUACGAGCAGCUGUGUUUCCUAUUAGUUCAGUGUUCACGUGAGUACGAGGCUAACAGCUGGCGUGAUUGCUAUUAUGGACGUGGCGUGGGAGGCUCGUCAUGGACCUGCAACACAAAGCAAUGUGGCAACCAAAUUGGCGAUCAAACUUGCAACCAAAGUGCUGACCAAAUGGCCAACCAAAACGGUGAUCAAAAAGACGACCAACAACCUAAGUGCGGACUUAAGUCACCCCUCCAGUCAUUCCUUGAAGACGGAUUGCCAGGCUUUAUACCACAUACAUUCGACAAGGUUGGUUGUAAAUUGGAAUGCACCGUGUCCAAGCAUCGGGGAUUGCCGUGUAAAACGCCCAUGGGCUUCAAUGAUAUUAGCAAUGUAGCAUCGCAUACUAAGCAAGGCGCACACCUCACCAAAGUACUCUACGACUUUUGUGGUCACAUGGAUAGCCCACUUGUCAAGCUUUGCGGUAAUUUAGUUUGUCUGCUAAAUAGGCCUCCUCAAACGCUAUCCGAUAUGUACGCAUUCUACUACAAUUUACUCCACGAUUGGAAUGGCAAAUCUAGAGGUGCGAUAGACGUCAGGAAGCAUAAGAUGACCGCAUUUAAUGACGCCGUAACAAGGGCCAACUUCGGCGUACCUUAUCCGGAACUCAACGUCAACUCAAUCAUUACCGACCAUAAGUCCAAUAAUCAUACCACUGGAGAUCUGUUGUGUCUCUACAGCUGCAACAGUACGUCGUCGUUGACGGCAACCUGCGGUCGAUACCUACAACCUUUCGGUAUGAACACGUGGACAGUGUUUUCAGAAAAACACGCCGAUAAAUACCUCUCCUGGAUCGUCUACAUCACCGAGGUGUUCUAUAAUUUGCUCGAACAGCUGCUAAAAGAGUGCUGCCAAAAUUGCACGUCAUCGCAAUCCAGGUGCAAUGGUAAAGUCUGCCCUAAAACAUGUCCAGUCAAAUACACAAGUGACGGAACAAAGUCGCAAUCCGUAUCAACUAUUCAUCACACCAAGGACUGCAAAUCCAUUGCUUACUGCCCCUCAACACGUCCCACCUUAUGCAAGUACGGCUUCGUUUUCAAGAGUUUAUCGAACAUGAGCGGCAAUAGUGGAGAAUCAACGAAGCGCACCUGCAAAGAUUUAUGUCACGCAUUGCAAAAUGUUCUACUUAAAGGAAAAGUACUCGGCGAAUUCACCCAUGUCACAAUUCCAGAAUUUCUGUGGAACAUCAGACAAAAAUUCUUUUGGAUGACCGUCGCCCUUUGGCUCCUCUCCUUGUUGUACCUCAUCCACAUCAUGGUCAUCCGCCUAGACCUCCUCCACAUCAAAUCGCAUCUACAUAGUCCCUCGAGUCAUAGGAUAGCUGCUCAAUCGCUGCUCGCCGCCGCACGUGUUAACAAGCUUAACAGGGUGUUUUAUCUACAACCAUAA